UUUAUUUUUGUCAGAAUUUGUCUCUGUUGGUGGUUACGGAGGUGGUUAUUAUAGUUUUAUUAAAACAUAUGUGGUGUUAGAAGAUAUUAAUUGUAUUCUGAAUUUGCAUAGUUCAGUGCUAUUUCAAUAUUCUAACGGUAUAUUGUAUUUUUAGUUAUAUUUUUAGUUUACUUCGUUCUCGUGUCGUCUUGUUUAUAUGACUGGCAUUCAUUUCCUUUCAUUAUAUUUACAGAAUUAUACUUGAUUAUACUGCGAAGAGUAAUUUCUUGUUAACAGUAUGUUUUUAUGAUUCAUGACACUGUUUAAGUUUAGAUUGUAAUACUGUUCUAAUAAUUUAAAUUUAAUUCAACUACCUACUUAUUAUUACACUGUUGAUGUACACUUAAGUUAACAUGGUUGUAAAAAUAGAGUUACAAGAGUGCCUUAGGGAUUCUCCUAAAUUUAGACUAUUGCUGGAACAUGAAGAGCAAAGUAUAGAUCAACUUGAACAAAGAUUGGAUAAAAUAUUAAAAGUUUGUGGUAGCAUGAUUGACAGUGGAAAAACGUAUGUUGGACAGCAAAGUCUUUUUGCUAAUAGCCUGUGGGACUUAAGCACCCAUUUUAAAGAUGAUCCUGAAGUUCUAUCUUCGCUAAAUAAGUUAAUCCAUAGUUUGCAAGAAAUGAAUAAGUUUCAUACAAUUUUAUUGGAUCAGGCCUCCCGAACAGUAUUGAAGAACCUUACUUCAUUUAUCAAAAAGGAUAUUAAAACAGUGAGAGACUUCAAGCAGCACUUCGAAAAAAUAUCUACCGAAUAUGAUAACGUGUUGGUACGAAAUUCUCAUACAUCUAGAAGUAAGCAGCAAGAGGUUGACGAAGUCGAGCAUAUAUUACUUGCAGUAAGAUCUUGUUUUGGGCAUCAAACUUUGGAUUAUGUUAACAGUAUUUGUGUGUUGCAAACUAAAAAAAGGCAUGAAAUUUUGAGUACCCUUCUAUCAUAUAUGCAUGCCUGUACUACUUAUUAUCAUCAGGGGUCGGAUUUAUGUGACGAUCUUCAACCUUUUUUUAAAUCAUUAGCUGAUGAUAACAGAUUUAUAUUUAUGGUAGUUAUAAAAUAUGAAGUCGUCAGGAAAAGGUCAGGGGAGGAACAAGAAACAGUUAUGGAAGACGAUCUAAGAAUUUGUACUGUUAAACCUGUUAUUGAUGGAGAAAGAAGAUUUUGUUUUGAAAUUGUUUCUCCUUCUAAAAGCCAUAUUUUGCAAGCGGACUCUAAAGAAAUGUACGACGCAUGGAUUGAAGCUCUUCAGAAAGGAAUCGGGGCCGCUAUACAACGAAUUCGAAGUAGCGAAAUAGAAAGCCACAAAAAACGCGAGAAUCGUAACAGUAGUUUUUAUGGAUCUGAUAAUGACACUUCAGCAAAUAAUAACAAUAAUAAAAUUAAGAAAAUUCGAAUGUGGGAGCAAUUAUUAAAAAUUCCUGGAAAUAACUUUUGCUGUGAUUGCGGUUGCCCUAAUCCUAGUUGGGCUAGUAUUAAUUUAGGAAUAACUUUGUGUAUUGAAUGUUCAGGGGUUCAUCGUAGUUUAGGAGUUCAUUAUAGUAAAGUUAGGUCACUGACCCUAGACGAUUGGGAACCAGAAAUUAUAAAAGUUAUGGCUGAAUUAGGUAAUAAUAUUUCGAAGCAAAUUUAUGAAGCCAGCGUACCUGAAGGAGUUGUUAAAGCUUCUAGAGAUUGUCCCGGUACUAUAAGGGAAGAAUGGAUAAGAACAAAGUAUGUAGAGAAAAAGUACGUUAAACGAUUUCCACGAUUUAGUGCUGAUCAAAGUUCUCCUAAUUCCUCAGAUGGUUUGAUGGAAGUUCGAAAAUGGAGUGUUAGGAAAAUUCGGCGAAGACCUAGAAGCGUAAAUUCCAGGGAGAAGAAAGGAAAGAUUGUUGAAAAACAACAGAUAGCUAACGAGUCGGGUGAACCUGUAGACUCUGCAACGAACGUAAAUACCAAUGACGACCAAGGUAAAAUUCGUGAUAAUACUGCUGUUCAUAAGAGUUUAGCAGAAACCCAAAAUGACCUUUUAUUAUUCGGAAGUGGUCUGGAAAAGCAACGCAUAAGUAAUAUCGAUUUAAGCAGUGACCAAGAAAGCACAGAAGGAGAAGAAAAUGAGAUAGUUGAUGAAGAAGACAUUUCAAAGUUACAUCCAAAUCUCUUAUUGUAUAAAGCUUCAGCAGCACAUAAUAUUCCCAUUAUGUGCGAGGCACUUGCUUUGGGGGCUGACAAAAACUGGCCAAAUCCUGAUGAUAAAGGUAGACAUCCGCUUCAUGCUGCUGUAUUGAGUGGUUCUGUAAUGCCUUGUUCCUACCUUUUACUAAACGGUGCAAAAAUAAAUGCGCAAGAUCAAAAUGGCAAAACGCCGUUGCUUUUAGCAACACAGGAAGGACACACCGCUCAAGUAUGUAUAUUUUUAAAGUAUAAAGCGGAUCAGCACAUUGAAGAUGAAGAAGGAAAAGUGCCGCUCUCUAUAGCCGAACAAAAAGAGCACGCUGAUAUUGUUACUUUGUUAAGACUUGGCCGUCUAAAUGAAGAAAUGAAAGAUUCCGAGUCAGGAGUAUCCGGAGAUGAUAUGUUUAAUUAUGUAGUUAGAGAUUUUUCACAAUUAGCUUAUUCAAAUCCUGAAAAACUUCAUAGAACAAAAAACGAUGCUGAAUAAGAAUUAUGAUGCUUGUUUGGAAAAAAACACAGCAGUUAUUAAAGUGAGAUAAAAUCGUCAAUUUGUAAGAUAUAAGGGGAAGGAAUAGUCCGAAUAUUGGAAUUUUUCGAAACAAAUAAUCAAGAUUCAUUUUAUUUGUUUUAAAAUUUGAGAUAAUAUAGAUACAGGAAAGCCUGACAUAACCACAUUUGAUAUCUAAGAAGCAGAAUUAGAAAAACUUUAUUAUAAAACUAUAAAAAAUUACAGAUUGUACAUUGCAUUUACCUUACUUUUUACAGGGUGUUUCAAAAAACAAGUGCCAUCUCUCGUGGGGAGGUUCCUCACGUUAAAAUAAGAUUUAUUUUUUAUAUCAACAUAGGUCCGAUUCUACUUU